AUGGCGUGUCUAAUAUUUUUGUCAGAUGUUUGGCAAGGUGUCGUGUACGACCAGUCGUGGUCAUCGGAAGAAGCGAAGCAGCUUUCACAAGCACUGGACCGGGCUAAUAUAAAUGCAAGCGACGUCAGAGAAGAUCUGUCCCAACAUGGAGAAAGCGGUGGCACUCAAGCUCCGCCGAGCACCCCGCACUUGAGUCUGGCGGGCGUGAGACUAGAGCCAGAGGACAUCUUCCGCUCUUCCAAGAAAGUGUGCGGCCUUCUGGAGCAGGGUGUCUUGGCAGUGCUUGGUUCCCAGGAAGCGGAGACUGCGUUACUAGUGCGCCAUGCGUGCGCCAGGCAUCAGGUGCCACACGUGUACUUGCACAGACAAGAAGGACAGGAAAGUGCCUUGCCAAUAGAUGCGCUGUCGUUGACCAUGACACCGCCUGCUGAGGAGCUUGGUCGUGCUCUGUGUGACCUCGUUAAGGCUCAAGGCUGGAAAAAUUUUACUGUCAUCUACGAGAAACCAGAUGCGCUGGUUCGGCUUCGUGGGCUACUGCAGCUGCACAGGCCUGGUGGCCAGCCUUCAAUAGUUUCACUGCGGCCACUUGACGAAAAGGCGGACCCUCGGCGUGUUCUGCGAGAGGUGGCCAAGGCGGGAGAAAAUAAUAUCGUUUUCGAUCUUACCACCCACAGACUUGCGGACGUGCUCAGGCAUGCCCAGAAAGUUGGAAUAAUCAAUGAGUACCACAACUUCAUCACUACAACACUGGAUUUGCACACAGUUGACCUGUCGGACUUCCAAAAUUCGGGGACAAAUCUGAGUGGUUUUGUGCUGGUAAAGAAAGAAGUGUGGGAGCACGAUAUUGCUGCAGUGCGAGAUGUUUACUCUCGCAGUGGCUUUCAUCCCAUGUUCCAUGGACAAAGGGCCUCUAGAAAGCCUAUACGGACAGAUGCGGCUCUGACACAAGAUGCGCUAGACCUUCUGGUACGUGCUGUUCAAAGGCUAGCGUCGGAACGGACGCUUGCUCGACCACCAAGCGUGCAAUGCCAUGAGCCGCAAGCGUCACGACAUAGACCACAGUCGCAGGCCUUUGUCGACGCAGUUAAACAGACACGAAUUUCAGGACUCACCGGGUCAAUUCACAUGGAUUCGAUGGGACGCCGACAUAAUAUUUCUCUGCAAGUUGUCCGGAUGAAGCGAUCGGGUCUGGCGUCGGUCGGAACAUGGAGUGCCUCCACCGGUCUCACCAUGACCCAGACGGAGAAGACGUUCCAGCAAGAAAUCUUGAGUGCCCUGAAAAGCAAAACUUUCAGGAUUACUACAAUAUUGAAUGCGCCUUACGUUAUGGAAAAAGGGCCAUCAAAGAAGAUGGUAGGUAAUGAUCGCUUCGAGGGAUUCUGCGUGGACCUGCUCCGAGAAAUGUCCCGGCUCCUGGGCUUUCACUACCAGUUGCGGCUUGUCAGAGAUGGUGCCUACGGCAUCCGAGACUCCCACGGUCAUUGGAAUGGCAUGGUCCGUGAACUACUCGACAUGGAGGCUGACUUGGCGAUUGGUGACCUGACCAUCACCUACGCCCGCGAAGCAGUCAUUGAUUUCACCAUGCCUUUCAUGACUCUCGGAGUGGGCCUUCUCUACCGGAAACCCCAACAUGACCACUCGCUGCUCUUCUUCCUGUCCCCACUGUCCACAGAUGUGUGGUUGUGUGUAGCGGUAGCCUACGUAGUGGUCAGCUUGUUGCUCUGCUGCGUGGCUCGCGCGGGAGGGGCCCGCUGGAGAAGCAGCUACGUCUCGACUGGACAUUGCUGCUGUGAUGAGAGAAAACGUGAUGAAGUGAGAACAUUCAAGAGCCAGUUCACUCUCCUAAACAGUCUAUGGUUCAUUAUGAGUGCAAUCAUGAGACAAGGCUGUGACACUUUCCCGAGGUCAGCCUCCACACGAAUUCUCGUUGCUGCUUGGUGGCUGUUUUCGUUCGUACUGGUAUCGUCAUACACCGCCAACCUGGCGUCCUUCUUGACUCGAGAAAGGCUCCAGUCACCAAUAGAAAGCGUUGAAGACUUGGCAAAGCAGACCGAGGUUCUGUAUGGCUGUGUCCGCUCUGGAUCUACACAGGCUUUCUUCAAGGAUUCUAAACACGAGACAUACGAGAGGAUGUGGAAUGUCAUGAAAGACGACCUGGUAUCGUCCAACACCGAGGGCGUUGAGCGGGUAGAGCGUGGAGGCUACGCCUUUCUGAUGGAAUCAGCCAGCAUAGAGUAUGUGGCUCAGCGUCGAUGCGAACUCACACAGCUCAGAGGGCUUCUGGAUUCAAAGGGAUAUGGUAUUGCGAUGCCACAAGGUUCUCCGUACCGUAGCGUACUCUCAUCAACUAUUCUAAGUCUUCAAGAAAGCGGGACAUUACAAACGCUCAAGGACCGCUGGUGGAAGGUCAACGACCCAGCGAGGCGAUGUCCUGAUGACCAGGCGGCGUCCAGGACCGACGCGGUGAGCGAGCUAGGCCUGCCCAAGGUGGGCGGCGUGUUCGUCGUACUGCUUGCCGGACUUGGUCUCGCUUGUCUAAUCGCCUUCGCCGAGUUCUUCUUCAAGGCGUGUUCAUCGCGCGAAAAGCGUCGCAAUGCUUCGACAGGUGCCUCGACAUCGGGACAACCGGUAGAUAUCAAUGACAAGUACCUCCUGUAG